CUCCUUUCCUCAUCUAACUAACCUGUUCGCAUUUAUAACGCCUUGACAUCUCUCUCUCUCUCUCUGUUUUGUUUUUACCAAAAUAGACUGCGUGAGACAGAGAAAGAGAAAUGGACAAGGAGAAGGAGAAAGUGAAGCAGAGUGAAGAAGAAACGGAGAUGGAAUUCAAAGACUGUGAAGGGGAGCAAGAAGAAGAAAACGUAGACAGGAUAGAGAUAAGUGAUGAGAUAGAGCGGAGCAAAGUUGGCAUUAUGAGGGCUCUUGUCGAGAGAGAAGACCCAUCUGCCAAGGAUGUCGAUGAUUUGAUGAUCCGGAGAUUCCUGCGAGCUCGUGAUUUGGAUAUAGAGAAAGCAUCUACCAUGUUCCUCAAGUACCUAAUCUGGAGGAAAACUUUUGUGCCAAAGGGGUUCAUAUCUGAAUCCGAGAUUUCCAGUCAGCUAGCUCAUGACAAGCUGUGCAUGCAAGGCCUUGAUAAACAGGGCCGCCCUAUUGUUGUUGCGUUCGGGGGUAGACACAAGCCCACCAAAGGAAAUCUGGAGGAGUUCAAACGCUUUGUUGUCUACAGUUUGGAGAAAAUAUGUGCCAGAAUGCCAAAAGGGCAGGAAAAGUUUGUGGCAAUUGGAGAUCUUGAAGGAUGGGGAUACUCGAAUAGUGACAUUCGUGCUUAUAUGGCAUCUCUAUCAAUCCUGCAGGAUUGCUAUCCAGAGAGGCUUGCCAAAUUAUUUAUAGUUCAUGUACCUUACAUAUUCAUGACUGUCUGGAAGGUUAUUUACCCAUUCAUCGACAGCAGAACCAAGAAGAAGAUAGUUUUUGUUGAGAACAAAAAGCUGACAGCCACUUUGCUUAGGGACAUUGAUGCUAGCCAACUUCCAGAUAUAUAUGGGGGCAAACUGCCAUUAGUUCCUAUCCAGCACUGCUAACUUGACCCAAGUUUCCUUUUUCUGCACUAGACCUUGUAGACGUGGCUGGAGAACUACAAAACAAGGAGAUUCCAAAUCCGCAUUCGAUAUCAUCCCCCUCCCCUUAAAGGGGCAUAAUCUUUUACAAACACUAUUGAGAUUAUGGAUAUGUAUACUCCUGAAUAUUUAUGCAGUUUUAAUGAAUAUAAUCUCUCUCUCUCUCUCU